AGACAAGGGACCAUUUUUGCCUUUUGCUCAAGAAAAAUCACUUAUAGAUGCUCUUAGCAAGUGGGAUAUUAAACUGAAAAAAACUGAUCACUUCUGCUGCUACUCCCUCUCCUUUUCUCCAUUUUUAUACUCACAAUUCUCCUUAAGCUAUUAUCAGUUUUCUUGCAGAUGGAAAAUUCUGGAGCAAGCCCUUUAAAAGAUACUCCCGUUGAAUUAGAUGCAGUUUCAGAGGAAGAGUACUUUUCUCAGUCUACAUUACUCAAAGAAUUUAUUGAAAUCCCCACAAUUGAGAAGGCAUGGACUUUGAAAUCUAACAUUGGAAGCUCACAGGUUAUGUUCUCAAUUAACCAACCUAACUUACUGGAGAACAAGAAGAGGAGAUAUGCAUCAUUUAGUCACAUUUCUAAAGAAAAAGAUGAUUCUGUACAAUUUCAUUGGGCUGCUUUCCCUAUUGAGAUGGAUACAGCAUCUUUGAUGGUUCCCUCUCCAUCAGGCUCAAAGCUUGUUGUAGUUCGAAAUGCUGAAAAUGGUUCUCCUACUCGCUUUGAGAUUUGGAGUUCAUCUCAGAUGGAAAGGGAGUUUCAUGUUCCUUCGUCUAUCCACGGAUCUGUAUAUUCCGAUGGAUGGUUCGAGGGAAUUUCCUGGAAUUCUGAUGAGACUUUGAUUGCUUAUGUUGCUGAGGAUCCUGUUUGUGCAAAACCUACAUUUACAUGUUUUGGCUACGAAAAAGGGGAUUGUCUAGAUAAAGACUGCAAUAGCUGGAAAGGACAAGGAGAUUGGGAAGAGGGCUGGGGCGAAGCAUAUGCUGGGAAAAGGCUACCGAAGCCUUUUGUCAUCAACAUUAAUAGCGGAGAGGUACGCGCUCUAGAUGGCAUAGAGAAGUCAGUGAGUGUUGGACAAGUUAUCUGGGCUCCACCGGUGAAGGGCUCACUACAAUAUCUAGUUUUUGUUGGGUGGCCAUCAGGGAUGAGAAAGCUUGGUAUCAAAUACUGCACUAAUAGGCCUUGUUCUCUUUAUGCUGUUAGAGCUCCUAGUUUUAGAUCAGAACCACGUCUAUCUGGGACGGAUGCAAACCUAUCGGCAGUUAUGCUGACAGAGAGCAUAAGUAGUGCAUACUUCCCUCGUUUUAGUCCAGAUGGAAAAUUCUUGGUGUUUUUAUCUUCAAAAAGUGCUGUAGAUUCUGGAGCACAUAAUGGAACAGAGUCACUUCAUAGAAUUGAUUGGUCCUUUGAUGCAGAGCCACUUCCGCAUAAUAAAAUUGUUGAUUUGGUUCCUGUUGUGAUGUGUGCUGAAGAUGGAGGCUUCCCUGGGCUAUAUUGUUCAAAUAUUCUUAGUACCCCGUGGCUUUCUGAUGGACGCACUAUGAUUUUAUCAUCUGCCUGGGGCAGCACCCUAGUUAUACUAACCGUGGAUGUCUUGAGAGGAGAUGUAUCACGAAUCAGCCCUAGCACAUCAGAGUUUUCAUGGGAUGUCCUUACUCUGGAUGGUGACAAUAUAAUUGCAAUAUGUAGCAGUCCAGUUGAUGUUCCUGAAAUCAAGUAUGGUUGUCUUGUCGGGAAUGCCUCCGAUAACACCAGCUGGAAUUGGCUAGAUAUCUCAAGCCCCAUAACCAAAUGCUCUGAAAAGGUGAGGUCUUUGUUGUCAUCCAAGGAAUUUUAUAUAAUGCCGAUCCCUGUAAGAAAUGUCUCUGAGGAUCUCACAAGAGGUGCAAGCAAACCUUAUGAAGCUAUUUUUGCAUCCUCCAAAUCAAAGAAGCAUGAUGCAUGUGACCCACUGAUUGUAGUCCUUCAUGGGGGUCCUCACUGUGUUUCAUUGUCAAGCUUCUCAAAGUCUUCAGCUUUCCUUUGCUCGCUUGGAUUUAGCUUGCUUAUUGUAAGUUACAGAGGUUCCUUGGGAUUUGGUGAGGAAGCAGUGCAAUCUCUUCCAAGGAGGGCGGGUUCGCAGGAUGUUAGUGAUGUACUUGCUGCCAUAGACCAUGUCAUUGGGAUGGGAUUUGCAAAUCCGUCCAAAAUUGCUUCUGUUGGCAUAUCCCAUGGUGGAUUUUUGACAACACACUUGAUAGGCCAGGCACCAGAAAAGUUUGCUGCUGCAGCUGCUAGGAACCCAGUAUGCAACCUUGCUCUAAUGGUUGGUACAACUGAUAUACCUGAUUGGUGCUAUUUUGAGGCAUUUGGAAGUGAAGCAAAAUCAAACUUUACAGCAGCACCUUCAGCUGAACACCUUGCUGUAUUCUACAAGAAGUCCCCAAUUUCACAUGUAUCCAAGGUCCAAGCUCCCACACUCAUGCUUUUAGGUUCCAAGGAUCUUCGCGUGCCCAUUACUGAUGGAUUACAAUAUGCACGAGCAUUGCAGGAGAAAGGGGUAGAAGUUAAGGUGAUGACGUUUCCUGAUGACAUACACGAACUCGACAGACCAAGAACGGACUUUGAAAGCUUUCUUAACAUUGGAGUGUGGUUUAAGAAGUACUGCUCAUAGAUUGCCAGAUAAAUCGGUGUUUUUGCAACAAGAAUGUUAAGAGAUUCAUGGUUAUGUUGAAACCUGGUCUUCCAAGGAAAUGAAGGUCAUAAAAUGACUCGAAUUGAUCAUUGAUCAUACUACUGAAAUGCUUGUAAUAAUCUAUAUAGCACUUGAAAUACUAUACUGUCGGACUCUUCAAAA